GAAUUUGCCUACCCCUCCAUUUUUAUUGACCUGCUGCAAAUCUUCACAAAAGAUGAAACCCAGGUGGUAGCCCUGGAAAAGUACGAAAUUAUGAGCUUAUAACAAGAAAAAACACUUAACAAGUUAUCUCAAACGAAAAUUUAUCACGACUUCUUCCCAAGCACGGCUUCCUGAUAUGACCACCGAAAAAGUCCUGGUCGAGCGAUGGAAACCUCUCCCAGUUGACUCAAGUUACUUUGAUGACUGUAUUCUCCACCCUAUCAACUACAUCGCUCAGGAGAAUUACGAGCGGAAAUUAUAUUGCUUCGACUGUGAGGAGAUAAUAUUUCACGAUGAGAACGGGGCCACGAUAUGGACAACCACAGGUAGCGGAUUUAUGGACGGUCUACCAAAGCAGGUCUCAGUCAUGAUCAAGAGAGGGAAACAACGGUUGGCAUGACACAAUUAGCCAUCAAAUGCAUAAAGCUUGGUAGCCAUGAAUAUCCCAUGGGACCACCCGACACGUAAAGUAACAGUUGCCUCGCAGGGCCGACUGCGCAUUAUAUCUAAGCUUAUGCAGUCCGUUGUCCUGAGGACAAAAUUCUUGAUCUCCCAUGCCCGUAGUUGGCUCUCUUCAAUGCCUUGACUUAACGAAGAUCCAAAGAUGAUAGGGAUUGAUGACGUUGAUGCGCCUCGAAAUG